AAUAUAAUAUAAUGAGACAAAUAUGAAAUAAGUUAAGUUUCAAUUUCAUACUUUCGUUUGAAUUGUUAAUAGUUAUUACUUUUAAUACUUUUUAGUUUAUUUUAAUAUUUAUUCCUUAGACUAAAAACKAAUGAAAAUGUUUUCGUCUUUGAAACAUCUUAGUAGACCCACCUCAGAUUUGACCAGUCGAUUUAUGUCUUCUCAAGUAAAAACCGCCGUCGUCAUGUUAAACAUGGGUGGGCCGCAACACGUAGAUCAAGUGCAUGGCUAUUUGCAUCGGAUAAUGACAGAUCGAGACAUGAUGCAGUUACCUUUCCAAAACACUUUAGGACCAUAUAUUGCCAAGAGGAGAACUUCAGAAGUACAGAAGAAAUAUGCUGAAAUUGGCGGAGGAUCACCAAUUUUAAAGUGGACCAAUAUUCAAGGGAAAUUAAUGUGUGAAAAAUUAGACAAAAUAUCACCUAGUACCGCUCCACAUAAACAUUAUGUUGCAUUUAGAUAUGUUGAGCCAUUAACUGAAAGUACUUUUGAACAAGUACAGAAAGAUGGGGCUGAUAGAGUUGUAUUGUUUUCACAAUAUCCUCAAUACAGUUGUGCUACUAGUGGUUCAAGUUUUAAUGCCAUUUAUUCAUACUUCCAAAAUAAAACGUUUCCAGAAAAUUUAAAGUUGAGCAUAAUCGAUCGAUGGGCCACACAUCCAUUGUUAAUCAAAGCAAUUGGUUCAAGAAUUUCAGAUGAAAUUAAGAAAUUUCCUGAAAGUGAUAGAGAUGAUAUUGUCAUCUUAUUUUCAGCUCAUUCCUUACCUUUGAAGGCUGUUAACCGAGGAGAUGCUUAUCCUUCAGAGGUAAGCUCAACAGUGCAUGCAGUGAUGGAAGAACUAGGUUAUGCUUAUCCUUAUGCAUUAGUUUGGCAGUCUAAAGUUGGUCCAUUACCUUGGUUGGGACCAUUCACUGAUGAUGCAUUAAAAGGUUAUGUGAAGCAAGGUAAAAAGAAUUUUAUAUUAGUGCCCAUUGCAUUUGUUAAUGAACAUAUUGAGACAUUACAUGAACUUGAUAUUGAAUACUGCAAAGAACUCGGAGAGGAACUAGGAGUCAAAAAUAUCCGUAGAGCUGCUGCUCCUAAUGACCAUUCUUUGUUUAUUGAUGCUAUUGCUGAUAUUGUGUCGCAACAUCUUCAAGAAAACAAACCUGUUAGUCCAAAAUUUCUUUUAAGAUGCGCACAUUGUAUUAGUUCUCGUUGUUACGAAUCCAAACAGUGGUUUUCAAGUGUCUGCAAGUCGAAAUAAUUCAGUCAAUGUAUGAAUGGUGCAACUAUUGACUGACAUCAAUGUAUUUCAAAUGAUCUAGUAUUAAUGGGAGAUGGAAAUUUUAUAGUUCAAUAAAAGUAAUUUACACAUG